AUGUUGAAGGAGGUGAAGAAAUCUUUGAAAAAGCUGAAGAGGGCUUUCAGGGAACGUGGUGCAAGAGUAAGCAGCUCGACCCCUAGCACUCCAGGUGGACCCAAAUUGCAACGAAACAGUUCCCACUGUAACCGAAAUAGGAAGCAGGUCAAAGAGAACUACAAGCGCGACUUGAAGAAAAAACUCAUUGAAUCCAAAAUCAUGGCUCUGAAGAACGAAAAAGACGAAUCAAAAACUGCUUCAAAUAAGAAAAUGAGCACGGUGAAGAUAUCAGAAAUUAACUUUACCAUAGAACCAGGCUCAGGUUUCUUUAGAGACUACUGGAUGAUUGCUGUGACACACAACGACGAUCUUUACAUGUCGGAACCAAUGAUGCCUGAUAAGGACGGAAAACUGAGCUUCAAGGAUGAAUUCACUGUGUUCGAUUUCGAAGACUCCCUUGAUGUUCAAGUUGAAGUGUUCUCUAUAAGGCUACAUGGCGGCCGAGCUGAUGACGACAGUGCCAAUUGCAGUGAGGAUUGGUGUAAUCUUUCAUUCUACGAUGAUUUCAAAAUCAACGGGUCACGAAUAGUGAAGUCGUCCUUCCAGAGCUGUGGUAAAUUCACACUUACAGCCAAGUCUACGAAAUCCUCGUUCAAUAAGUUGACAUCAAGAAUGUUGAGUGAUCUGUCAGCACCGUUGAUGUUGAAUAAGCUGUCACCAACCAAGCUAAAGGAGAAUAUCGGCAGAUGUCUUAGUGUUGAUAUGUUGUGUACGAUGUAA